GUCUCUCGACGCGACCCCACCACCAGAAACAAGACGAGCAGAAAGAAUCGAUAUUCGAAAACAGCGCCCAAGCGCAGCACAGGUCAGCACAGCGCAGCACGAGGCCUGCUGAGAGCCCAGAGUCCUAAAAUGGACGACUACAAGAAAUUCUUGACUGAGAAUGUUGUUGCCGAGGACAAAGUGAUCACGUAUCGGCUGCUGAGCCGCGUCUUGAAGGUCAAUGUGAAUGUUGCAAAGCAGAUGCUGUAUGAUUUUCACAAAACUCAGAAUGAGAAACGCCCAGGUGUCGUGCAUGCCACAUAUCUAGUCUACGGCAUCAAGGCGUCCACCGGGGCUGUAUCCCAGUCGCAGAAUGGUGCAGAUGGCGAUGUCGAGAUGGCAAGCUCCAUGCCAGAUGUUGAGUCGCUGGCCGAGGUGGUCCCGACUUUCACUCUCUCUCUCAUCCCUGAGGAACAACUCAAAGAUGCCCUUGCCGACUUUGAAGACGUAUCUUCGAUCCAUGUCUACAGUGUUGGACCUCAUCCGACAAAGGACAUGGCUUUACUCGCGGAUGUUGCUCAAGAGGUUUUGACUCUUAAUGGCGCCGACGAGCGCAAGGCUUCUGGCACCAUCGCCAACUCCCACGUGCGCCAAAGGGAGCGCAAGGGCGGAGCAAGCGUUGCGGCUGCUGUUGCUGCGAAGCCGUCUGUGAAGCCGUCUGUAAAGCCGGCUUUGAAGCAGGAGGCAAAGAAGGAGUCGAAGCCAUCAUUUUUCAAGCCAGCUCCAUCGUCAACGUCAACGUCACCGCCGGAGCCAGCGCCUCCCAAGGUCAAGGAGGAAGCAAAGCCUGCGCAGCAGUCGGCUGAGACUGAGAAAGCGGCACCAUCAGCACCAGCCAAGAAGCCCACCCCGGCUCUAAAACGUGGCGGGUCUGGUGGAAUCAUGCAGGCCUUCUCCAAGACAGCGACAAAGGUGAAGAAAGAAGCGACAUCGCAGCCCGCUGCUCCAAGCGCUGAUGGCUCGAGCGUCCAGCCGCUGUCAGAUGACGGAGAGGAUGACUCGGAGAUGCCACUGCCAAAGCACCGGAAUGUCACCGAGAUGAGCCAGAGCAAGAAAAUGAGAGAGGAAGAGCUGAGGCGAAUGAUGGAGGACGAUGAUGAGGAAGAAGAACAGGACGAAGAAGAGAAAGCGGCGUCUGAGGACGAGCCAAUGGAGGAGCCGCCAGUAGAACUAGAGCCUCCAAAGGAGGAGCCAGAGGUCGUGACGGCGUCCAGUGGCGGCCGACGGCGUGGAAAGAGAAAGAUCAUGAGAAAGAAGCAGAUUAUGGACGAUGAUGGGUACCUAGUUACCAUACAGGAGCCCGGUUGGGAGUCUUUCUCGGAAGACGAGAUUGCCGCAAAGCCGAAGCCAAAGGUGGCAAGCUCGGCCGCCGCUCCCGCGCCAGCGGCUGCGAAGGGCAAGAAGAGCGAGCCGAAAGGAAGCCAGGGCAAUAUCAUGUCCUUCUUUUCCAAGAAGUGACCGCCGAUCUUAUGUAAUUUCCCAGACCGGUACGCUGAUUAAUGUUAUGCGCAUGUCAUCACAUUGGACAAAGUCACUAGAGUUAUAGUUAUUGAGUUGCUUGUUUGAGUGUAGUCUUCGCUCAAUCGUUGAAGCAUGGGGCUGUGGGAGAUCGUGCUAUAACCUAACCUACAACCUUCCAUGCGUCUUUCUUGAAAUCCAGUGUUUAUGUCAC